AUGCCUCCAGUAGUGAGCAGUAGAGAUCAGUCAUCGCUAACUGACGAAUUAUUGUUCGAUUAUUGGCCAAGAUAUUUCAAGCGUUCAUCGGAUGACCGUUCUGUGAAUGGUGUGGACGAAUCGCAUUGUGCCGAACAAACAACGGUGAUAUUCUCACUUCGGGAGAAAUCUGGAGCGUUGGCCGAGACGUUGAAACUUUUUCAGUCAGAGUUCCGACAAGAAACGCUGCUUAUGAUGCUUGUUAUUCAGGAGAACGACGUCAGUUUGACACAUAUUGAAUCGAGACCGUCGAGAACGCGUAAAGGAUGUUAUGAGUUUCUGGUGGAAUGUGAUGAGAACGCACGAAAAGAAUCAAUUGAAGAGGUGAUCAACCGACUGAAGAAACAAACGACGAAUCUGGUCGUACACGACCACAAUUCGGCACUGAAACAAAAUAAAGAAUCUGUGCCAUGGUUUCCGGCAAAAAUCUCCGACAUCGACAAAUUUGCGAAUCGCGUUCUGAGUUAUGGUGCAGACCUGGAUGCUGACCAUCCAGGCUUUAAAGAUCCUGUAUAUCGUGCUAGACGCAAACAUUUCGCUGAUAUUGCCUUCAAUUACAAGCAUGGUGAGAAAAUUCCGACAGUUGAAUAUACAGACGAGGAAAUCAACACAUGGCGUAUAGUAUACAAUGAACUGACACAACUCUAUCCAUCACACGCUUGUGCUGAAUUCAACUACAUAUUUCCAUUGCUGCAGCAAAAUUGUGGCUAUGGGCCGGAUAAAAUUCCACAAUUGCAGGAAGUUUCGGACUUUUUGAAGAGUUGUACCGGCUUCACGUUACGUCCGGUUGCUGGUUUGUUGAGUUCACGCGAUUUUUUGGCCGGUCUCGCUUUCCGAGUGUUUCACUCGACACAGUAUAUCCGACAUUCAUCUGUGCCCAACUAUACACCUGAACCUGAUAUCUGUCAUGAACUCCUCGGUCAUGUCCCAUUGUUUGCUGAUGUGGGUUUUGCGCAGUUCUCACAAGAGAUCGGUUUAGCGUCGUUGGGUGCAUCCGAUGAGGUUAUUGAGAAGUUGGCAACGUUGUAUUGGUUCACUGUGGAAUUCGGAGUUUGCUUACAACACGGCGAACGGAAAGCUUUUGGUGCGGGUUUGCUGAGUUCAUUUGGGGAGUUGCAGUAUGCACUCUCUGAUAAGCCGGAAAUCGCACCGUUCGAGCCAGCCGUAACAUCCGUGACCAAAUAUCCGAUUACGAGCUAUCAACCGAAAUACUUUGUGGCAAAUUCUUUUGCAGAUGCAAGGGCUAAAUUAACAGCAUGGGCAGCCACGAUUGAACGUCCGUUCCAAGUGCGUUACGAUGCGUAUACUCAACGAAUUGAGAUGCUUGAUAAGAUAUCGACAGUACGAAGACUUGUACGAGAUAUUAAAGGUGAAAUCGCCACUCUCGAAGAUGCAUUGAUGAAAAUGGAACCAAUAAUGUAG